AUGGACCUACUUCCGGCCCAGGAGGCAGCGCGCAUUUACCACACCAACUAUGUGAGGAACUCACGGGCCAUCGGCGUCCUGUGGGCCGUGUUCACCAUGUGCUUCGUCAUCAUCACGGUGGUGGUAUUCAUCCAGCCUUUCUGGAUCGGCGAUAGCGUCAACACGCCGCAGGCGGGCUACUUUGGGCUUUUUCACUACUGCAUCGGCAACGCGCUCACCUCGGAGCUCAUCUGCAAGGGCAGCCUCCUAGACUUCGGCUCCAUCCCAUCACCGGCCUUCCGCACCGCCAUGUUCUUUGUGGCCACGUCCAUGCUGCUGGUGGUGGCCACCACGGUGUGCUUCAGCCUCUUCUUCUUUUGCAACGCUGGCAGCGUCUACAAGAUUUGCGCCUGGAUGCAGCUGGCCUCUGCCGUUUUGAUGGUGAUGGGCUGCAUGAUCUAUCCCGACGGCUGGGAUGCCCCCGAGGUCAAGAGGAUGUGCGGCCAGCGGACGGAUAAGUACAGCCUGGGGAACUGCACGGUGCGCUGGGCCUACAUCUUGGCCAUCAUUAGCAUCCUGGACGCUCUCCUGCUGGCCUUUCUCUCCUUCACAUUGGGCAACCGGCAGGACAAACUGCUCCCGGAAGACUUUGAGGCGGAGGGUGCAGGUAAGGCCUUACCAGGGGGGAACGCAAGAUGUUGUGUUGAUGUUACAAUUAAAAGUUAA